AUGAUGCUGAGCCCGGACCAAGCGGCCGACUCGGACCCCCUGUCGUCGGCGCCGCCGUCGGAGGCGGAGUCGCUGGAGGCCGGGGGGCGUCGCGGCCGCUGCCCCUCCGACCUGGAGGAGGGGCCCCCCCCCGAGGGCCAGGGCCGCCCGCCGCCCCACCCGCCGCUGAGCCGCGAGGAGAAGCGCCGGCGCCGUCGGGCCACGGCCAAGUACCGCUCGGCCCACGCCACGCGCGAGCGCAUCCGCGUGGAGGCCUUCAACCUGGCCUUCGCCGAGCUCCGCAAGCUCCUGCCCACCCUGCCGCCCGACAAGAAGCUCUCCAAGAUCGAGAUCCUCCGCCUGGCCAUCUGCUACAUCUCCUAUCUCAACCACGUCCUCGACGUGUAGGCCGGCCCCACCACGGA